AUGUAUUCCUACGCGCCUCCCUAUCCAUCCUCCUCCACCAGCCCCUCCUACGAUGGACUGGACAAUUUGGAGCGAAAGCUCAAAAAGCCGUUGAUGGAGAAGCGGAGGCGGGAGCGGAUCAACAGCUCGUUGGACCAGAUCAAGGCCCUAUUGAUGCACUCGACAACGACGCAGAGUUCAAAACUCGAAAAAGCUGACAUUCUGGAGAUGGCGGUCGAUUAUAUUAAGCGGCUGGAGGAUGAGGCACGAGGGAAUCGAUCGUCAUGCUCCAAAGAGGAAGCCGCCGCCUACUUCAAGCGCGGCUACACGCUAGCGUGGGAGACUACGGGACGCUACGCGCAACAAUAUCUGUGCCAGGCCUUCCCACCCCAAUCCGGCCCCCAAGCGCAGCAAUUUCAUCUGGAAUUCGUCAAUAUGUUGAGACAAAUCCAAAACCCUCCCGCAUCAACAAUCGGAUUUCAACCUCCAAACCCACUGAUUACGACAGCAAAAUUGGUCUCACCGAUUCCAGCAGGCGGUACCAUCGCGAAGUUCUCCCCAGCCACGCCAGAAUCCGCCUACGGUAGCUCUCCGGAAGCGGACACGAGUUUGGGCAGCACACGCUCCACGCAACACCAAAAACCUACGACACCCGUUGCCAGGCCCAGACCAAUUGAUGUUGUUGAGACUGACGACGACGAUGACGACAGCCAUUCCGAAGCGGAAGCCGGCCCUUCGCCAGCCAAGAAGGCCAAGCUUUGGCGCCCUUUU